GACGCCAAAAGGACAGACGAGGCUGUCGACGUGCUGCUCUACAGGAUGCCUGAACUCGGCUGUGUGCCUGACGCCUUAUCAUACUCCCUCGUCCUCAAGAUCUUGUGUGACACUAGCCGGAGCCAGCGAGCGCUCGACCUGCUCCAGAAGGCGGGGAAAUCGGGAGCUGCCCGCUCCCUCAAUGUGGUGCCGUAUAACACGGUCAUCUAUGGCUUAUGCAAAGAAGGGGAAGUGAGCAAGGCAUGUGACCUGUUCCAUGAAAUGAUGCGGCACGAGCUUGUGCCGGAUGUGGUCACAUACAGCUCGAUUAUCGAUGCACUGUGCAAGACCGGGGCAAUGGACAAGGCAGAGCUGUUCCUGCGGCAGAUGGUUGAUAAUGGUGUUCCGCCGAAUAAAGUGACGUAUACCAGCAUGAUCCACGGAUAUUCCACUCUGGGCCGGUGGAACGAGGCAACAAAAAUGUUGAGCGAAAUGACAAGCCGGGGUCUUGCACCAAAUAUCGUUACCUGGAACACGUUCAUGGCCUCCCUUUGCAAGCAUGGCAGAACCAAAGAUGCUGCACAGAUCUUUGAUUCCAUGAUCGCCAAUGGUCACAAACCUGAUAUCUUCUCGUACUCAAUUCUCCUCCACGGGUAUGCUACUGAAGGGGAAGUAAGCAAGGCAUGCGACCUGUUCCAUGAAAUGAGGCAGCAAGUUAUUGUGCCUGAUGUGGUGUCAUAUACCAUGAUUAUUGAUGCAUUGUGCAAGUCCGGAUCAGUGGACAAGGCAGAGUCCUUCCUGCGGCAGAUGGUCGAAAAUGGUGUUCAACCCAACAACAUGACAUAUAAUUGCAUGAUCAGCGGAUAUGCCUCUUUGGGCCUGUGGGAAGAGGCAGUUCAAAUAUUCAAAGGAAUGGCAAGCCAGGGUGUCAUACCAGAUAUUGUUAAUCACAACGCAUUGAUGAUCUGCCUUUGUAAGAAUGGAAGAAGCAAAGAGGCUGCAGAAAUUGUCCAUGAGAUGAUCGAAAGUGGAAGACUUUGUAGAGAUAAUUGCACUGAUGAAGCAAUCGCCCUGUUCCAGAAAUUGGGUGCAAUGGAUGUGAAAUUCAGUACUACAAUAUUCAAUACGAUGGUUAGUGCAAUGUACAAGGCUGGGAGAACAAAAGAAGCAAAAGAAUUGUGUGCUGCGGUUUCUUCCAAUGGAUUGAUACCUAAUGCUUCUACUUACGGAGUAAUGACAAAAAAUCUUCUAAAAGAAGGAUCGUUGGAAGAAACUGAUCAUAUGGUUUCAUCAAUGGAGAAGAGUGCUUGUGCUCCAGCCUCUUCUGUUGAAUGAUAGUAUUAUCAGAAUGUUGUUGGAAAAAGGUGAGAUCGUCAAUGCUGGAAAUUAUUUGUCCAAAGUUGACGGAAAGAGCAUCUCACUUGACGCUUCUACUAUUUUGUUGAUGAUGUCUCUAUUUCAUUGGAAGGUAAAUAUGGGAUCAAGUAACAUUGCUCCCUACAAGGUAUCAAUUUUAUGGUGUAGUCAGCCACAGUUGAGUAGUUGAUACAUUGUAUAUGAGUAUAACUCCUCAGAGCUUAGUUGUUUACCAUUUGGCCAUCUUGCUGGUAUAAUAAAUGCAAAAUAACUGCCUGCAGCAGACCGUUCAUUCUUUUAUUCAGUUCAUAUCUGUGUCUCUUUUAAUCUUUGUUGGCUGAGGAAAGGUAAAUCAAGUUGUCUAGCAGAUGUCAAAAAAAAAAAAAAUCGUCUAGUGGAACUUGUUGUAUUUAUAGAGAUAAUGGCUUCUGAGUGUGAACAGGGAAGGUAUAGAUAUGUGGUCUUUCCACAAAGCAUAGCGAAUAUAAAUAGAAUAUUUUCUAGCAUGGUUUAUUCCAGCCACCUGAGAUUUUUAUAAUCUCUUUAAAACAGUCACUUUCCUUUAUGUGAAUGCAUUUUUAGCAAAUGUUAUUCUCACUGAUCUGCUAUGAAUGCAAGGCUGGAUUUACUAUUAGAGUGAGGUUUGUGGUAUAUGUCAAGGCAAAGGGGUCCUGAAAGGAGUGCUAUCUGAGGUUGCUGAUGCUAUGUUCAUUUAGCAGAUAUUCGAGCUCAUGUUG